AUGAAGAUUUACGUUGCUGCACCUGGCCAACACAAUUGGCCAGUGAUACCCGAUGAUGUUCAAGAUCGUCUUUUGACUUUAAUUCGUGAAGAAUUGAAUGAAGAUAAACUCAACAUUUCCCUGAAGCGUACACGGAAAAGAGCAGCAAAAUGUGUCAAACAUCCAGUUAAACAGCAUCUAGCCAUUGGUUUACGUUGUGUCAUGCGUUAUUUGAAACAAAAGCAAUGUUCCGUUGUUUUUGUUUGUACAUCUUUAGCACCAAUUAUUCUGACUAAACCGAUCUUACUUCUUUCACAAAUGAAUCCCACAGCAUCUGCUCGUCUGAAAAAUCUCUCUCCAUUAUUAACAAAGACCUUUGCUAUACCACAUUGCUCAGCGAUAGGAUUCAAAUCCUCAUGUCAAGAACAUCCGCAGUUAAAAAACCUUGUUGAUCAAAUUCUUCAGAUUCUGCAUGGUUGUGAAAAUCAACCAGAGGGAUCUUCUUCUUCAGUUACUUUUCUUCCAGGAAAAAUUCUUGCGCCCUAUCAAAACCCUAAACGAGUGCCAGCCGGAGUGCAAAAGAAGAAAAAAGGCAAAAAAUAA